AUGUCCCAGCAGGAAACACUGCCAGUGACCCUCCCCCCUGCCCUCAGUCAGGAACUCCUCAAGACGGUUCCUCCUCCGGUCAAUACCCAGCAGGAUCAAAUGAAGCAGCCGACUCCAUCGCCUGCCCCAUGCCAGAAGGGGCCCUCCGAACUCCCAGUGGAGAAGCACCCAGAUCCUGUAAAGCAGGUGCCCGAGCAAGAAUGUGAGCCACAGCAGCAGGACCACCAGGAGCCAGAACUGCAGCUGGGAAGGAAGCAGCAGGAGCCACAGGAGCAAGAAGUGCACCCAGGAAAGCAGCAGCAGAAACCACAGGAACAAGAAGUGCAUCUGGGAAAGAAACAGGAGCCACAGGGACAGGAAGUGCACCUGGGAAAGCAGCAACAAAAAACACAGGAACAGGAAGUGCAUCUAGGAAAGCAGCAGCAGGAGUUGCAGGAGCAGGAAGUGCACCUGGAAAAGCAACUGCAGGAGCAGGAAGUGCACCUGGAAAAGCAACUGCAGGAGCAGGAAGUGCACCUGGAAAAGCAACUGCAGGAGCCGCCAGAGCAGGAAUUGAACUUGGGAAAGCAGCAGCAGGAACCUCAGGAGCAGGAAGCGUACCUGGGAAAGCAGCAGCAGGAGCUGCCGGAACCUCAGGACCCAGAAUUGCACCUGGGAAAACAGCAGCAAGAGCCUCAGGAGCAGGAAGUGCACCUGGAAAAGCAACAAGAGGCUCAGGAGCAGGAGUUGCACCUGGGAAAGCAACAGCAGGAGUCUCAGGAGCAGGAACUGCACCUGAGAAAGCUUCAGCAGGUGCCUCAGGAGCCUCAGGACCAGGAAUUGCACCUGGGAAAGCAACAGCUGGAGCUGCAGGAGCAGGAAGUACACGUGGGAAAGCAAUUGCAGGAGCCUCAGGAGCAGGAACUGCACCUGGGAAGGGAGCAGCAGGAGCUGCAGGAGGAGGAAGUGCACCUGGGAAUGAAGGAAGAGCAAAUGUUGAAGCACUUGGAGCAGCAGGAGGGGCAGCUGGAGCAGCAGGAGGGGCAGCUGAAGCAGCCUGUAUGUAUCCCAACACCUGGUCAGAUCCAAGACAUCCAGCCAGCCCAGCCCCCAAAGGGAGAAGUCUUGCUCCCCACAGAGAAGCAGCAGAAGCAGGAGGUACAAUGGCCACUCAAACAAGAAUAA